UACUGAAUCGUGUUUGUCUUUCACAUGCAGUCGCACAGGCAAUAAAAGUGAUUGGACACCAGGUGCGGGGUAGUCACGUGCAGAGCAUUUCUGUAUGAAAAAAUCACAUGUAAAAUGGAAAUGUGCUUAGUGUAUGAUAAAAUAAGGCUGCUUCACAAUAUACAUUUCCCCUCAUUGCCUCCCCACUCACACCCAACAUGCCUGAACUUAAGUCUUUCACUAGAGAAGAAGUCAAGAAGCAUAACACUCCUGAGGACUGUUGGAUCAUCAUUGACUCCGAGGUCUUCAACAUGACCACAUUCGCUGACCUCCACCCUGGUGGUGCUGGUGUUAUUAUGGACCUUGCUGGUAAGGAUGCCACUGAAGAGUUUUACGGUUUGCAUAGACAAGAAGUCUUGUUCAAAUAUGCACCCAAGCUCAAGAUUGGUACCAUUGCCAAUGAGAAGCCUGUUAUUGAGAUGUAUACUCCUGGUACUAUCUCUAAGGUACCAUAUGGUGAGGCCAGUGCAUGGCAAGGACACAAGAGCCCUUAUUUUACCGAGUCUCACAUCAAGUUCAGGUCCGCUAUCCGUAAGAUUUACGAUGAAUUGCUUCCAGAAGCUCUCGUCAACGAAGAUCUCGGCAAGUCCCCUACCAUUGAAUUGAACAAGAAGCUUGGUGCUGCUGGUGUUUUGGCUGCUCAAAUUGGACCUGGUCCCUGGCUGCAAGGUCUUAAUCUCCCUGGCGGUGUCAAGCCUGAGGAGUUUGACUACUUCCACGAGAUGAUUGCUCAUGAGGAAACUGCUCGUCUUGGAACUCCAGGUUUUGCUGACGGUAUCACCGCUGGUCUUACCAUUGGACUUCCUCCCAUCUUCAACUUUGGUUCUCCCGCUUUGAAGAGCAAGAUCGUUCCCGAAGUCUUGUCUGGUGAAAAGCGCAUUUGCCUUGCCAUUACUGAGCCUUUCACUGGUUCCGAUGUCGCUGGUAUUCGUACCACUGCCAAAUUGUCUGCUGAUGGAAAGCAUUUCAUCGUCAACGGAACCAAGAAGUGGAUUACCAACUCUGUCUUCUGCGACUAUUUCUGUGUGGCUGUUCGCACUGCCAAGGGUAUUUCCAUGCUUUUGGUUGAGAAGUCUGAUGGCUUGGAGGUCAAGCCCAUCAAGACCUCUUAUUCCAUUGCUGCUGGUACUGGUUACAUCACCUUUGAAGAUGUUAAGGUCCCAGUUGAAAACCUUUUGGGCAAGGAAGGAAAGGGUUUCCAAGUCAUCAUGGCCAAUUUCAAUCACGAGAGAUGGGCCAUUAUUUGCGGUAUCGUUGCUGGAUCCCGUCAUGUCCUUGAAGAAACCUUCAAGUGGACCAACCAACGUGUCGUCUUUGGCAAGAAGCUCAGCGCACAGCCUGUUGUUCGCAGCAAGCUUGCUAAUAUGAUCGCCCAAAUUGAGAGUGUUCAAAACUGGUUGGAGAACAUUACUUACCAGAUGGUCAACAUGUCAUAUGCUGAGCAAACCGUUAAGCUUGCCGGUCCCAUUGCUUUGCUCAAGUACCAAUCUACUCGUGUAGCACACAACAUUUCUGAUGAAGCUACCCAAAUCUUUGGUGGUCGUGGUAUCACCAAGACUGGUAUGGGUCGUGUUAUCGAAACCUUCCAACGUACAUACAAAUUUGCCGCUAUUCUUGGUGGAUCUGAAGAAAUUAUGCAAGAUCUUGGUGUCCGUCAGGCUCUUCGUACCUUCCCUGAUGCUCGUUUGUAAUCAUUUGUAUUUAAAUAGUAGUACCCCCCAAGACUUCAUGGUUUAGACAGUUUGUUGCUGUUAAUUUGAUUGUUGGUCAAUGUCUUGAGCAUGAUCUCAUAGGAUACCUUGCGUAAACUUGCUAGUCAAUAAAUUGAAAAACAAUCAAUACAUCGCUUGUCUUCUUCCAUAAAAACUACUGCAUAUCUUUAUUUAUCAGGAAAAUUAGAGCACGACAGCAUCGUCCAUCUUUUGCUCAUACAGAAAAGCCUUGGUCUGAUUUAGAAGAAAUAUGGUAUACAUGGGAUCUAAUCUCUUUGCAUUGCUGACAAGAUUUGCAGGAUGCGAAGGAACAGAUUGAUGAAAUCCAUAUACAAGCUGACAGAGGCCAAGAUAUAAUCCUCAGGUGAGUAACGGUUGAAAAUCAUAUAUGUAUCUAUGAAUCAAGAACGGGGUAAGUUAUCUUGU